AUGACUGACCAAAUCGAUACUCAGCUUAAACGCGAAGUGGAGCGCCUUGUCACGGCCCCAUAUGCACCUUCGCUACAGGAUCUCUAUGGCUUGGUCCAGGAUGCACCACCGGCAUCCAUCAGGUGUUGGGCGUUUUGCAAACCCUGUCAAAUCGGGGCUUUAGUGGACAUUCUUGUUGAUGGUUUAUCACGAUCCCGCUUUGCUCUGCCGUUGCUGAGUGCCUUCGCGUCUGUGACCCCUGUUCGCGACACUCUGCUCCAGCGACACGCGCAUCUUCUAGAUCAGUUCCUUGAAAACUCUACCACGGAGGUUGGUUUGCAGUAUGAUUCCAUGUGCAUUGCAAUUCUCUCAUCCCCACUGCCAGCGGAUUUCCUUAUUCCAGCGCGCUUGACGUCUUUCAUCUCAACGGUGAUCCACAAACUGUCAGAGAACCCGUGCUCAGAGACUAUUCUGCCCUUGCACCGUAUCUCAACCGGCCUACGAACUUCUCCGAGGAUCCUACUUGAGAUCCCUGAGGAGAUCAUGUCUAGGAUCCAGGUGGAGCUCACGAAAACAUUACGCAAUCUGAGUGACCACAUGGGCAAUCUUCUUUGCCUCGCCACAUUUGCCAACCUUGCAUCACUGCAGGGAAGCUUAUCAAAACAAGAGGCUCGGUCAUAUUCUCCGUUGUGGUUGCAAAGUGUCAAUAAUUUCUUUGGGCCCAAGCGCGGGCUGAAAACAAUGGAUCUUGUAGUGCUGCGAGCUGCUGAAAGCAUAUGUCUAGCCAUUGAGAUUUGUGACAGGGUUGAGCCCGAGCAAAGAGAAGCAUGGAUUGCAGCAAACCCGUCCAAGAUCGCCAAGUUGCGAGAGAAAGUCACAAGGAAUGGCAUUGAUCGUGACGUGCAAAACCUGGGUGCUACAUUCCUGGUUUCAAUUCUUCCAACUGCAGCACUAUCAUCCGAAAUACCCCAACUUGCUCUUGAUUGGAUUUUUUCCAAGACCAAUUAUUUUGUGUUGGAUGUGCUUCCCGUACAAUACAUGCAACGAAUAGCAGUUGCUAAUGUCGCCUGUUCGAGGGAGUCCGCAGUACGGGGCAUCCUUGACUAUGCUCUUUCUACGCUGCAGCUUUCACAUCCGACCGAUCCGUCAAACUUGCAAAGCCUAGUGAUAGCAAGGGCAUUAGUCGCAGGGCUACAAGACACAGACACUGAACUAUUCAGCACGUGCAUCUCGGAAACGAUUCUGCACCAAUGUAGCAAACCGAUGGCCCAACUUCUUGAAAACUAUCCAUACACUGCAUCCUCGUCACAAUGCCAUGGCUCCAGCGUUUGCUACAAUACACACUCGCAAUCGCAGAACGAGCUAGUUUGUGAAUUGUUUGCUUGUUAUUUGUACGCAUCGCUUUCCCAUAAGUCGAAUGCCAACGGGCCGAGUCCUGCCGCACUUGACGCUCUGAGGACAUUCAUCAAGAAGUCCAAGCAAUUCGUGUGCACGAGCAGAUGCUCUUUCUCAGAGACCAAGCGCACCGAUUGCGCCAAAAUAAUUUCGCCAAUCCGAUCACACGAAGAUCUGCCAAGUUCGAGGUCCGACUGGAGGGAGGCAAUAGCAGAAACAUUGAUGCUGAAUGCAAGAACAGCUCAAGACAACAUGGUACGCAAAAUCGAAGACAUCUGCUAUGAUCUCGAACAGCGCUGUGGCAAUGUUGAAGCCCCCCUAAGAGCAGCUGAAAAAGAGCGUAACGAAUACUCUGCGGAAGUGGAAAGCCUGCGAGCACAGAAUGAUGAGCUACAAUUGCAACUGCAAAAGUCCUCUAGCACUAUCGAAGACCUACACCAGGAAAUCUUUCGCCUGGAGCAUCGGUCAGAGGCUGCCACCAUACGUGCUGAAGAGCUGACAGCGAACUUGAACGCCUUGCAGAAGGAAAUGGCGAAUCAUCGGCGCGAAUCUCAAGAGACUGUCACAUCCGAACGCGAACACGCCAGAUCCAGGGAGUUGGACCUGGUGGCUUCUAUCACCGAGAAAGAUGAUCAAUUGGAAGCGUUGCAGGAAGAAGUCGCCGAGCAACGGAAAGCAAAUGAUGAUCUGCAAAAUAUAAUUGAUGAGGUCUCCAAAGACAAAGCUACAUGCUUGGAACAUAUUACUUCCUUGGAACAAGAAGUCACAAGGCUCGGAGAAAGCCUGCAGCAUUGGCAGACGCUGGUGACUGAGAAAGAAGAGGAAGCCAAACGGAUACUGCAUGAGAAAGAGAAUAAUGAUAAGGACGCGAAAAUACAGCAAGAAAAGCUACACGAACAAAGUGUCGAGUUCGAUAAGCUAGAAGCGGCAUUCCAGUUGGCGGCUGAAGACCACCGCAAAGAACGAGGCUCACUGGAAGAGCGAAUUCGGAAGGCGAACAUAGAGAACGAUAAAUGGAAAGAGAGAUAUUCUCGUAUGUGUGUUGCUAAAGACAAAGCCGCCAUAGUCGCUACUACGGAAGCCAAAGAGAAGAGCAAGCGCAUUGAGUACUUGGAAACAAAGAUGCGAAAGCUCAAAGAUGAGCGAGCAGCAAAGGCUCGGGAGUUUUCCGAGGCUCAGCAACACAUCGGUCGGCUCAUGAAUAUCAUGGGUUUCAAAGCUGAGCCGGAGAUUUCGAAGACACCGAACAGACACCGCCGGGCUAGACCUAGAGGAGGAUCUACUGAGCCCGUCGUAAGGCCGCAGCAAACACAGCACGACGAAAAAGAGGCGGCGGCAGCGGAGGAGGAGGACUUCCAAACUCAGCCUGAAAAUCAUUCAGGAGCAAGUUUCGAGAGCGACACGUUCUCCUCUGAGAAGCGUAGUCAGAAGAGAAGUCUGGACAGAGCAUUUCCUGACGCUGACCUGUCAUCACCUCGUACUGUAAAUGGCGGUCAGCUGGCAGAUGCGGGCGGCCGCCAUCCCCCGUCGUCUCCCAGACAGAGCAACAGAACGCCUCUCGGUGAUGCCAACCUCAACAGCCAGCCUUCCUCCCAGAAAAGCACUAAAUCGCAUCACAGUUCGAGAGAAUCGGUCGAAAGGAGCCAAUCUCGAGGAAUGCUGAAUGAGAAUCACUUACAGCAUAUUGACCUGGACAUGGAUUUGGAGUUCUCCAAGGACUUUCUGUUUACGAGCACCUCUCUGUCCAACUCAAACGACCAUGCGCCACCGUUUGAGACAUAA